UCACAAAAUCACCGGAGCAUUAGUCGUCACGAGUUGUGUUCAGAGUCAUGUCUCUCGCAGCUAGUCGCAUUUUUGUUUUUCUAUUCGGUUUCACAUUAAUCGUGUUGGCAGUGGCAGAAAAUCCCAGUAACAUCACAAUCGUGCCGUCCAAGAUUUAUCGGGAUUCGGUGUGCGGUUCGAAAUUCGAAGCUCGAAUCGGAUAUGGAGAUGCUGCCUCCGAGGGCCAGUGGCCCUGGCACGGAGCUCUGUUCUACGGCAACGAUUACAUCUGCGGUUGUACGUUGAUAAGCGAAUGGUUCGUCCUGACGGCGGCCCACUGCGUAUUCAAUCCGGAAACGGAAAGCAGAUUCAAUCUGCGAUUGUUGCGUGUGAGUUUGGGAUUACAUUCGCUAGACAGGCUCGAAAAUAGCACCCGUGAGUACAAGCUGGCGGCGGCCAAGGUCUAUCCACUGUUCGCACUGACGAAUCACAAACACGAUGUAGCACUGCUGCUAUUGGCCAAUCGGGUCGAGCUGGGUGAUUUCAUUUACCCAAUCAGUGUCGGCUUCAGUGAACCAGCUUGGAUCGAACACUUGGCUGGUUAUUCGGGGACGGUCGUCGGCUGGGGUUUCACGGAAGCGGAUGCCGUUUCGAAUGUCCUAAUGACAGCCCAGAUGCCUAUUGUUCGCUACACGGAUUGUGUCGAAAGCAAUCCGGAUCUGUUUGGCCGGUUGAUCCACAAUGGGAUGUACUGCGCUGGUGCACUGAAUGGGACAAGUGUGUGCAAUGGUGAUAGUGGUGGAGGGAUGUAUGUGUACCAAAACGGCGGCUGGUACCUGCGGGGAGUGGUUUCGUUCUCGGCCACUCGUAGUGGGACGAAUUUGUGCGAUUUAUACAGCUAUGCGGGUUUCGUAAAUGUGCAAUAUUAUGCCAAUUGGAUCCGGCAGCAAUUGAAGGACCACGAGAAAGGAUUAAACCAGACUAGAGCUGCUAAAUCAAAUGAAUCAGUUUUAACCCGUUUCGAAACGGAGAAUUCCAUACCAACGAACCCAGCUGAAAUCACUACCACAGAGCGACAACAAAUCAUCCCGGAAGGCUCACCGGUGGACCCUGUUCGCCCAGAAUGUCUACAGCAUCACAGCGUAGUGAUCACUGUUGACCGAGACUCCAGUGUGUCGCUACUCUGUCGUCACGAACCCGACGAUCAUAUUUACUCAAUUCGAUGGUUCCGCAGGAACGAAUACAAUCAGAUUGUAGAUAUCUCCUCUGAACUUGGAUUCGCCAAUGAUUCCAUUCACGACAUUCUCACUCUGAGGCAUCUCGACGCUCGCCAUUCGGGAAGAUAUUUCUGCAGGGUGCGUUCACGGGAUAGAGAAUCCACGGAUAACAGAACGUUAGCCGUAACCGGUGUGGUUCCACGGUUUGUUAACAAUAACCAGUCUUCGUUCAUGAAGUUUCUGCUUUCGUUCAAGCUCGAUUAUUUUAAUCUAAAGGUUUCGUUCAAAGCGGAGAAAAGCGAUGGGAUAAUAUUCACAAAAAUUGCUUGUGGAGAACAAAUUUCCACGCUAACGCUAGUCAAUAAUAGAGUGGUAUUUCAGUUUCGAACCAGCAGAGGAACCAUUCGGAAACUGUCCAGUGAGGAUCAUUUCGUUCGUUCGGGUCAGUGGCACACUAUUCAAAUCAGUAAUUUGCGGGAUCGCGGUUACUUUUCGUUGGAUAACCGAUUGCUCGCAUUGUUCCGUGAGAGUAUGUACACUUCAAAUUGCGAUGAAGAGAGGGUGUACCUGGGAGGAGCUCCAGGAAAAAACAGCACCGGUUUUACUGGCUGUAUCAGUACGAUGGUUCUCAAUGAUCACCUGAUCGAUCUCUGGAAAGAGCCGAUAGAUAUUCAGCAGGUGACCCAGUGCUACCCAUGUUCGAAUAGCCCAUGCGCGAAUGGAGGAGUCUGCAUAGAGACGAGUGACAGCGAUGGAUUGGAAUGUCUUUGUAACAACGGAUUCGUAGGAAAGUACUGUACUCAUAGAGGGGAAAGUUGCGAUGUUCAAACAUGCAAUGAGGGAUUUUGUGAUGAUUUUGAAACCGGAUUCAAAUGUUUCUGUCCGGCUAACAGAUCAGGAAAACGGUGUGAGCGGGAGUACCAUUUAGGUAGUAAGGGGAUUUCGUUCGAUUCAUCCGGAUUCGCACAGUACAGACUAAACCUGGGAAAGGAUUUCUCCAUGCAGUUCAGCUUCACUCCGCAUUCCGUCGAGCGCAGCAUGCUGGCUUAUUUGAUCGGCGAAAACCGAGGCAUCAGCAACUUCCUGGCUCUGGUCAUCGCAGAUGGUCGGCUGGAACUGAGAUUUUCCAUGGAUCUGGAUAUACGGGUAAACAGCCUGAAAUCAACCGUACUGUUGGAGAAAGCAGUACCGUACAGGGUUAACUUUGGAUACCGAAAUGAGUUUGUGUUCUUCGCCGUCAAUGACGAACCCGAAAGUUUGAAAAGUAUUUUCGGCGAUCUGUUAUCCACCAGCGAUUACGGUUACUCGCUGUAUCUGGGUGGGCAGGAUAGACACACUGUCUGGAAUCGGUGUCCAGAUAUCGAGCGCGGUUUCGACGGUUGCAUUGCGGAGCUCAAUGUGGACGAUGAAAUCGUAAAUUUAACCACAGGUUUUGUGGACGCGAGGAAUAUUGCUAAUUGCGAAUAAACUGGUUUAUUCUUAGUUGAUUAUAUUUUAGUUAAUUUGAAAGAAAUUCACAAAGAAGGUGGCACAGAAAAAAUUACUAUUAAGGUAAUAAUCAUUCCUUAAACUUAAUAUAACCGCCAUGGCAUUUUUUAGCAAUUCCAUUUUGGUAACAGCACAAGUGGUUGCUGUAUAGGCUGAUGGUCUGAAACAUUUUAAAUAUAUAAUUCACGCAUUGAA